AUGUGUGACGCAGCAGCAGCAACAGCAGCAUGUCCUGCUGCAGCAGCAGCAGCAGGUGCUGCUGCUGCUCAGCCGGCUGCUGUUGCUGCUGAACCAACAGACCCAACAGACCCGGCAGAGCCAAUGCAGCUGCCGCCUCCCUCUAGUGUGUACGACAUGGAGACAGGAGAGUUGGUGAAAUUAUGCCGAGACCUUCAGAGCGCCCAAGCGACACAGCAAGGUCCCCAGCAGCAGCAGCAGCAGCAGCAGCAGCAGCGGCUGUUGCUGCUGAAUCUUGUGCUGCUUGAGUUGAGAGACAGACAGCAAUCCGAUUCCCUGCUUGAGGCCGUGGACAAGCUGACGGCCAGCAGCAGCAGCAGCAGCAGCAACGGAAACAGCAAUGUCAUCAACAGCAACAGCUACAGCAGCAGCAACAGCAAAACGAACAGCAACGGUAACAGCAGCAGCAGCAACAGCGGUGGAAACAGCAGCAACAGUGGUGGCAGCAGCAGCAGCCCUCGCACGAGCAGCAGCAGCAGCAGCAGCAGCAGCAACAUGCAGCCUCCUGCACCGUAUUCCGAAAGCCAUUAUCCUAGUGAGCCUCUGGAUGCAUUUCUCAGCAAAAGUGAAGCGGCCAACAAGAGCUUCUCAAGGCAGGGGAAGAGGGUCCCUCGCUUGUCUCGGCGAGUUGGGGGUCCCCCAGCUUCCCGUAAGCACCAGCAGAUGCUGAGCAAGGAGCAGCAGCUGCUGCGGCCGUUGCUGAUUGGCCGCCACAAGCAGGAGCAGCAGCAGCAGCAGCAGCAGCAGCGGCAGCAGCAGCAGCAGCGACAGCAGCGGCAGCAGAGGCAGCAGCAGGGCACCCGCGGGAACCGAAGCAACCGCAGAGGCAGCGCAAAGCGCAGGAACAGCAUGCGACCUUCCCUUACCUCCCACGCCAGCAGCAGCAGCUGCAGCAGCAGCAGCAGGUUCAGGGGAGGCAGCGGAGACACUGGAUUCUUUAAGUCCUUUCUUCCUUGCUGCUGCCCCUCUUCCCAUUUGAACGACAAAGCGAGUACCAGUUCUCCUUCUGCGCUUUUUGGCAGCCUGCGACGAGCUGCUACAAUUGAUGGCCUUUCAAGGGCCACCGAGUAUUCGGCGUGGCGCUCUUCGGCAGCAGACUCCACAGGGACGGCGUCUCCAGUAUCGCCCACUUUGUCACCACCUGGCUGUAGGAUCCCUUGCAGCAGCAGCAGCAGCAGCAGCAGCAGCGGAGCGCCGAGCAGCAGGGGUGCCCUUUACAACCAGGCAUCCCUUAGCAGCUACAGGGGUGCGCUAAGCAGCAACAGCAGCAGCAGCAGCAGCAGCAGUGAGGCAGCCCGCAAGGGCAAGGGGACCCCUAGUACCAGCAAAGGGGCGCCUACUAGCACAAUGCGACAGGCUUCCCCUACUAGGAGUAGCAACCUAUAUCAUCAACCACGCAGCAGUAGCAGGACUAGCGGGGAAAACUCGGAGAUGCCCUCUGGUUUAGGGCCCCGGGCGCAGCCGCAGCAGCAGCGGCUGCAGCAGCAGCGGCUACAGCGGCAGCAACAGCAGGAGCAGGAGCAGCAGCGAGCCAAUUCCAAGCAGAUGCAGCCUCUUGGGAAGAACCAGCAGACAAAAUGCCGCCAGCAGCAGCAGCAGCAGCAGCAGCAGCUGCUGCUGCUGGCACCUUCCCUUUCGGCCGACUUAGCGAGGCAGCUGCCCCGCCUGAAGUCUCUGGGAAGCUGCUCUAGCGCUGCUUCCUCAGCAGCAGCAGCAGCCGGGGACGCCUCUGCAGCAGUAGCAACCCCAGCAGCAGCAGCAACCCCAGCAGCAGCAGCAGCAGCAGCAAGCAACGGGCGACCCAAGAGCAGCCGCUCGGCUCACGCCUCCAUUCGGUCCUGCGCAAAGUCUCUAAUCAGCAGCAUAGAGGAGGCGGUGAGGGACCUCGACAUAGACCUGCCGCUGCCAGUUGCCGCUGCAGCAGGCCCCACAGCAGCAGCAGCAGCAGAUCCGUAUGGUGCAGCAGUAGCAACAGCAGCAGCAGCAAGGAGGCACGGGACACGAAGACUAGCGAGGAGCCCCCGCAGGGCACUCAGCGACUGCAGAGUCCCGCGGGUCCCCCACAGAGCCCCCCAAAGGUUUUGUUUAGGUCUUUCUUCUCCUCCAGCGGCAGCAGCAGCAGCAGCUGCUGCUGCUGCUGCUGAGGCGGCUGAGGCUGAGGCCGCUGCUGCUGCUGCUGCUGCUGUUGAAGAAUACAUGGAUGCUGACGGCGAGAGGCACUCCAUCGCUAAGGUGUACAGACUGCUGCACGAAAUGGGCUUAGCGGCACAGCAGCAGGCUGCAGCAGCAGACACAGCAGCAGCAACAGCAGCAGCAGUAGAGGCAGAGGCCGAAGCAGCAACGACAGCAGCAACUGCAGCAGAUGCGACCGGAGCACACUCAGUGCCACCAGCAGCACUCAGUGAAGAAGCAAAAAAACAGCAACAGCAGCACGAGCAGCAACUGCAGCAGCAGCAGCAGGAGCAGCAGUCGCAGCAGCAGGAACAGCAACUGCAGCAGCAGCAUCUGCUGCUGCAUGUUGUCCCUCCAUUGCCACAGGCAAAUCAGGAGUCCCUCGCAGGCCCCUUCGAGCAUCCCCCCGGGACCCCAGCGAUAGCAGCAGCUGCAGCAGCUUCAAUGGUUGCUGCUGCUGCUGCUGCAACUGCUGCCCCCGAUACUCCUGUUGCUGCUGCUGCUGCUGCCUGCGCUGAGUGCCGCAUAGCCAAACAGCAGCAAAGGCAGAGCAGAAGGCAGCGGCAAAGGAGGCCUUCCACAGCAGGUGCAGCUGCUCCUGAGCUGCUGCUGAGCAGCCUCCGUAGAAGCCCCUUUGCAGCAGGUACAGUGGCAACUGCAGCAGCUGCAGCAGCUGUAGCAGCAGAAGAUACACAGGAAGCGAGCGCACUGCAGGAAGUGGGUGAUAGUGCUCCUGCUGCUGCUGCUGCUGCUCCUGCUGGUGGUACUGCUGUUGAAAAUCAUACCUCAGUUGUGGAAGCGGUGCAUGCAGAAAUAGCAUCAACUACAACAAUAACAACGUCAGCAACAGUAACAACAGCAGCAACAACAGCAGCAGCAACAGCAUCAGCAGCAGCAGCCCUUGGAGCUCCAGAAGAGGUGAACCAAAUGGAAGCUCACACAGAGGCCGCAACAGCAGCGCAAGGAACGGCAGGAGCAGCGGCGGCAGCAGCAAAAACGAAGGCAGCGGCAGCAGAAGCAGCGACAGCAGCAGCAGCAGCAGCAGCAUCAGCAGCUCCUGGCUUCCCAACAGCUGUAGCAGCACACCCCAUCGAAUACAUGCCUUCUUCAAGUAGCGAAGAUAAACAGCAGCAACAACAGCAACAGCAGCAACAACAGCAACACCGACACGAGAGGCAACACAACCAGCAACAGGAGCACCAACAGGAGGGCGAGCAGUACAAGCUACAGCAACCUGAAAAUGUCAUUCCCGCUAUUGCUGCUGCAGCUGACACUGCAGCAGGUGCCCUUCCUCAGCAGCAGGGAGACCCCGCUGAGUUCUGCCGUUGGGCCUCUUCUCCUUUACCGCACAGCAGCAGCACCAGCAACAGUAGCAGCAGCAGCAGCAGCAGCAGCAGCGACAGCAGCAGCGACAGCAACAGCAGGUUGAAUAACAGCAGUAGCAUUGCUCUUUUUUUGCCGACAGUGUACACGUCCGAAGGCGCCCCGAGAAGCCUCACAGGACAGCAGCAGCAGCAGCAGCAACAGCAGCAGCGACGGGUGGACCAAGACGAGGAACUGUCACUUUGGGACAGCUGCGAAAAUGCCACUUUUGAUUUAUCUGUCUCCUUUCCUUCUGUGCUGCACUUCGUUGGGGUGCACGUACACUCUAAGUCGCUGCUGCUGCUGCGCUCGCUGCUACUAGCCCUCAAAGCAGCCGAAAAGGAAGAGGCCCAGGACCCUCUUUUGCUGCAGCAACGCAGCAGCAGCAGCAGAAGGACGUUUGCUGUCGUUGGCUGCACCAAGGAGGAAGAAGUCAUCGUGAGAGAGGCCCCUGCUGCUGCCCUGCCUCCCUCAAGGGGUCCGUCAGUUCCGCUGCACCGCAGCAGCAGCAUCAGCAGUAGGGCUGCGGCAGGGAUCUUGGGGAGCCCGUACAGAACCUUUUCAGGGCGUUCUCUUGGGGGCCCCUCCGGCAGCUCGAGAGGGACCCCAGGGGUCACCACGGCGGCCCAAGGGGUCCCGCUCGGGGGCCCCUGGGGGCCCCCCGGCAGCCUGGGUUUUCGGCUGCAGCGGGGGAGGGUUCGCGUGGCUCGGCUGGCUUACACUUCUGACCCUAAUUCCAUCAGCAACAAAUUUGUUCAUCUGACGGAUUGUCUUUCAGCAGCAAACUGGGAAACCCAGGAAUUUUCUGCUGCUGCUGCUGCUGCUGGUGAUGCCGUCGCUAGUUGUUCCAGUGCAGCAGCAGCGGAACCCGCACCAGCAGCAGUUGCUGCUGCUGCAGCUGUUGCUGCUGCUGCAGCAGUGCCUGUGGUGAAAGCAUCAGGGCAGGCGUACAUAGACGGAACACUGCAGCAGCAGCAAAGGCAGCAGCAAAAGCAGCAACAGCAGCAGCAGCAGCAAGGGUCCUCCCCUGGCGCUGCUGCUGCUGCCGACGAAGAACCAGUAGCGGCAGCAGAAGCAGCAGCAACUUAUUUGUCCUUCUCAGAACUUCGCGCUGCUCUAGCAGCAGAAGAGACAGGGGCCUCCCCGCAGUUAUUUGACCUUUUGUGGGCCAACAGCUGCGAUUCGAUUUUGAAGGUUCUCUUUUGCCUCCAGCAGCAGCAACAACAGCGCCAGCAGCAGCAGCAGCAGCAGCAGGGGUUCCUGCUACUGCGCUUCUCGCUGCUUCCAGAUGCUAAAGGCAAAGUCUGGGUCACAAAAGUAGCUCCUGUCUCAGUAGGGGGAGGCUCCCUGGGGGGCCCCCUGGAGGGGCCGCUCUUGGGGGGACUUCCAACAGAAGCAGGAUUUAAGGGUUUAGUUCAAUUCGUAAGAGAUGUUGCUAGUUUAAUCAAUCCGCUUUAUUAUGACAGGAAACAGCUCAUCAAAGUGAGUGCAACAGCAGCAGCAGCAACAGCAGCAAAAGCAGCAAAAGCAGCAGAAGCAGCAGCAGCAGCAAAAAUCAGCAGCAGCAGCAAAAAGCAGCAGCAGCAGCAGCAGCAGCAAUAA